UCAACAUGAAUUCGACUUGAUCCCCCGAAAGCAUUACGGAAUGAAUUAACGAAAAAUGGCUAUAUUGAGACAUAUUUCGGGGAAGAGAACUACAUGAUUUUACUUUUUAAUCUUUUAUGACAAGGGGGAAACAAACAGACUGAUAAUUUUAGUGAAAAGAGGGUUACUUUCUGCUUCAAACGGAACAAAACAAGCACUGGAAUACCAAUGUAUCGACAACAAAAAUCUGAUCUUCUUUGUUGAUGUCAUUAAAAGUGGGCACAUAUACCAUCAGGUGCUCAAAUAACUGGAUUUAUAUUCAGGAAAGACUAAAAGUUACUGAUGCAAGAAGACUUUCAUAAGUACAGUUCAAAACAAAGUGCAUUUAGUAACUUUAAGAAGAUCAAGUUAGAACCAGAUAUCCAUGAUGUGAAUACUUUUGGUCGACACGAAAUAUCAAGCAGCCCAAUAGUAUACCAACAUAAUACUGCAUAUAUUUUACCGCAGAAUCGUAAUGUUCUAAGAGAUAUUGAUAAUCAGACUCAGAAUUAUAUCCGUGCUUCUACAAUAAAACUAUUAAAUUCGUACCAGAGAUGUGGCAUUAAAAGGAAGAGUGACGACCUUGACGCACCCAUGCAGCUCCAAGUGCAAGAGACACAGCCAGUUUCAAGUGAUGAAGAUAAAGCAGCAAAUGUUGCCACGACGACUACCUCCAAAAAUACCUCCUCGUCAAAUAGCGAGGGGGAUUAUCAACUGGUCCAACAUGAGGUUUUGUAUUCGAUGACCAGUCACAAUGCAUAUGAAGUGCUAGAAUUUCUUGGUCGUGGGACAUUUGGUCAAGUAGUGAAAUGUUGGAAAAAAGGCACUAAUGAAAUAGUUGCCAUUAAAAUUUUGAAGAAUCACCCAUCUUAUGCUCGUCAAGGACAAAUAGAAGUGAGCAUAUUGACUCGGUUAAGUCAUGAAAAUGCAGACGAAUUUAAUUUCGUGCGAGCAUAUGAAUGCUUUCAGCACAAAAACCAUACAUGUUUGGUUUUUGAAAUGCUGGAACAAAAUCUGUAUGAUUUCUUGAAACAAAACAAAUUCCAACCACUGCCACUUAAAUACAUCCGUCCUGUCACACAACAAGUUUUGACGGCUCUUCUUAAAUUGAAGAGCCUCCAUUUGAUUCAUGCGGAUUUAAAACCUGAAAACAUCAUGUUGGUGGACCCAGUGCAAUUUCCAUACCGUGUAAAAGUGAUAGACUUUGGUUCUGCAAGCCAUGUGUCAAAAGCUGUAUGUUCAACAUAUCUUCAAUCAAGAUACUACAGGGCACCAGAAAUUUUGUUGGGUCUGCCAUUCUGUGAGGCUAUUGAUAUGUGGUCCCUAGGAUGUGUGAUAGCUGAGUUGUUUCUAGGAUGGCCAUUGUAUCCAGGUUCCUCAGAAUAUGAUCAGAUUCGAUACAUUUCCCAAACACAAGGAUUACCAGCAGAGCACAUGUUAACUGCAGCAACAAAAACUACAAGAUUUUUUAUUCGAGAACAGACAGAUAGUAAUUACCCAUUUUGGAGGUUAAAGACACCAGAGGAGCAUGAAAAGGAAACCAAUAUAAAGUCAAAAGAAGCAAGAAAGUACAUCUUCAAUUGUUUGGAUGACAUGAUCCAGAUCAAUGUUCCCACCGAUUUAGAAGGCAGUGAACUGUUGGCAGAGAAGAUUGAUAGAAAAGAAUUCAUUGAUUUGUUGAAGAGAAUGUUAACAUUGGACCAAGAUCGAAGAAUCACACCAGGAGAAGCCCUCAACCAUCCAUUUAUAACUAUGGCACAUCUUAUAGAGUAUGCUCAUAGUAGCAAAGUGAAGCAGAGUGUGUCAGCAAUGGAGAUCUGUAGAAAGUCUGUAAAGAACUUGUUUGAUGUGAAUCAGAACAGUGGACUGAUGUCAAACUUUGUACCAGCUACUACCAGUAGUCUGACUGUUACAUUUAACAACCAGAUCAAUGCUUUACAUUCACAGAUGGCAUCACAAAACAUGACUGCACAACAUCAGGGAACAGAACUUCAGUACUUGCCGUACCCUCUACAGUCUCGUCCAUAUAUACCAUACCAACCUACACAACAGUCACUCAAUCCACAGCUCACAGCACCUAGGAAUAGUAACCAGUUCAACAGAACUGAUCCAUUUAUACAUGUUUCUUCUAUAGUUGUUCCUGGUAUACAGGGAUUGAGUUCUCCAACAAGAUACAAUCCAAUUCCAAUGGUUACACAAGCACCAGCCUUACAGUUACAACCACAGUUAAUAACACAGACUGCACCAGGAAACUCCUGGCCUGGAGGACAGCCAGUUUUGGUAGGCUCAUGGCAGCAGUUAGGCCUACCUCAACAGAGGUCAGUCCAACAGCCUCUUUUAGCAGACACUCUAGCAUCACAGUCCUUACAGGAGAGUUGGAGACAGUCUUUGGUCCUGGAUGGUUUUGAGCAUGGUCCACUUGCUGCAAUGUUGAAUGAAACAGCAGUACAGAACCAACAUUUACAGAUGAUGUCAAAUCCAUACAACAGAAAUAAUGAUAUUUCUAACAAGAUGCAAAGGAAACAAAGUCGAAGUUAUGUUAAAGAGCCUACAUCAACUCAUCUUUCACCAGUGAAGAAGAGAGUGAAAGAAAAUACUCCUCCAGAUACCUUGUUGCAACAAGAAGCUGCCCUUUUGUGUGAUUGGACCAACGGAAACAGUACUCACAUACCUGGGCGGCCAGGGAGAGAACGUCAGACUAUAGUGAUAGCUGACACUCCCAGCCCUGCCCAUAGUAUAAUCACCAUUAGUUCUGAUAGUGAAGAUGAUGGUGAGGGAAAACAUCACAGAAGGGGUCAUCAUCACCAUCAUCAUCAUAAUAGAAAUAGUUAUCUGGAUCCGAAGACAUUGGAUGGGAACUUGUUUGGGUCAGUGGGUGUUUCAGAUUCACCAAGAGUAAAUCAUAUGAGUCAUCUGUUAGUGUCUGAUAUACAAGAUUCAGACUUAGAAGACAGCAACUUAGAUUUCAAGAAACAAAUUAACUUGACACCAAUCAAGCAUGAAGACCUUGAAAGAUCAUUACUUAGUGAGGCACAACAUAGUUUAAGAUCAUAUCCAUAUAGUGGCAUGCAGUUGCAGAACUCUAGUAAUCCUAUUUCAUUUGUGCCACCAGAAUUGUCUGGCUUGCUAGAACCAAUUAAGAAACGUGAGCAGGCAAAAGUUUCACCGUUUUUUGUGAGCAUGCCAAAACAAGAGGCUCUCCCUUCAUCUUCGUCCAUGUCAAGUUUUGAUAGAUUUCGUGGAGGUAGGAGUCCUAAGCAAGAGGUAAAAUUGCCUCCUUUGGAACUGGAUAUGCCACACACGACAACUCAUGGAAAAAUGGCAUAUGUGUCACCCACUGUGCGAUCAGUUCCAAAUCCACAAAUAAAAUUGUCAGCUGCAAAUGCCAUUUACAGCAGUGCAUUGUUUGGACAAAAGCAUAAGCCAAGUAAUUUGAACUUUUCUACAGGAGGGACAAAUCAGCUGUCACCUGUUCAGGCAGGAAUAGCAUUUGGUCAGCCAGUGUUCCUCAAUGCUGGACCUCAACUAGAAGUACAUCGAGACUACAGAAGACAGCCAACAUUACAAGGAAGCCCUGUUCAUCAUUAUCUGUUGCCAGCUCAUCAGCAACCUCAAGUUGCCAUCCCUGCAGGAAUGGGCCAAUAUGCACCGUUUUCACCUACUGUUGCCCCUCCACCUGCCCAUCAGAGUCCACGACAUGUCCAGUACACCACCCACCCACUGCCAGCUCAUGUUCAUCCAGUGUUACAGAGCUCCACCAUACCAGCAGUACAGUAUCAGCCACAGUUGGCCUCACAGUAUGGUGGUCUUGGGAGCUUGAAUCCGGCAUCAGCAGGACUUUAUGCUACAUAUCCUCUAAGCCCAAACAAGGGCAGACCCUUUCAGUAUUUUGCGUGAUGUUCCAUGUAAAUUUUCAUAGACUUUGUAGUUUUCAUUGGUGCUAAGUGGCAACUAUAUCAUUCCUAUAUAGACUUAGGGCGGCACAGAGUGCUUGGUUUUUUUAAUCAGAAGCUUUUUUUAUCGUUAAUUAUUCAGUAGUGUGAUGUGAAUUUUGUUAAUGUUGUAAAUUUUAAUAAUAGUUUGAACAUAUUUUAAUUGUCAAUUUUCAACUUAAAAACUGGUUGUAUGUAAUUGGAAAUGAUAUUGUCCAAAUUAACAUUUUAUCAGUGUUUUCUUGCCAUGGAUUUAUUUCAGAAAACAUUAUAGGUUAUCCAGAAUUUUAUAUCAUUCAAAAUAAUUGAAAAAUUAAAGUUCAGAAAUAACUUAUUUGGUGAUCAAUAAAGGUUUUUUUGUGCAGCUUAAUUUCAUAUUUCAUUGUAAAUAUUUCGCAUUUUUUAUUAUAGCAGAAAAAAAUUCAAACCAGAGCAUUGUUUUACAUUCCUUACUAUGAAUAAUUGUCAAUUUUUAAAAAAAGUGGUGUUUGUUAAAUGCUUCUUCUUUUCUUUUUGUCAUGGUUUUCUUUCUCAAUGAUUUUCUGCCCACAUCUCUGUUAAAAGCAGUUGGUCAUUUUUCAUUUAGAAAUUUCUAAAGGUAAUUAUAACAAUAUUGUUUCUAGAUUUUAUUUUUUUUUUUCAAAUAGGGAAGUUAUUGACACAAAUAAGCAUGACAUAUUUGCGAAUGGAGGUCAGUGGUAACUAUAAGGAGUUAAAAGUCAAGAAAGUAUUAUCUCAGAGGAUAUACCAUGUUUUCAAAUUGUACAACCAGUUUUUGUUAAGUAUAUAAAAAACAUUUGGUGUUUUAUUUUGAGCUUUUUAUGUAUUUUUAGUGUGGUACAUGUAGGAUGUUAGUUUUUAUCAUAUUGCACACUGUUAUUAUUACAGCAUUUUUAUCAUGUUUUAUUGUUUCCACCAAUGCAUUUAAAUGUAGUUGAAGUGUUCUGUUAAUUUUAUUUUCCUCCUUGGCUAUUUUUUAUUAGAGACAUAAAGAAGACAUUGGCUUUCAUUGUUGAGACAGUUCAGGGGCAACAUUUUUAUUGCUGUGUUUACAGUUUGUCUCAGAGGUGUGAUUUAGAUUAAAAAAACACUAUUUAUAGGAACCCUGGCUAUAGGUGUAUAAAUAUAUAAAAAUAAGUAUUGUCAUUAUAAAACUCUAAUGAUUUUGUAAAAAUUAAAUUUUUAAUUCUUGGUCAUUUAUAAGAUGAGAAAAUUUGUACAUUGAAAAUUGAACUAAUUAAUGAGGAAAUGAAAUGAAUACAAAUGUGAUAAUUUGAGGCUUAUGCUAGUGUAAUAGAUAGAAAAGCACAACAGUACUAAGGAGAAGUUGUACAUAUAAUGGUGUUCUGCAGUAUUUUUGUUGUUGACGAAAUCAGUCUGUUGCUCAUAAGUAAAUGGUAGUGCCUUCAAAUAUGUCUCCAUAAAUUUUUGCAAGAAGAAUGAGAUAUUUUCGACAAUUUUAAUCAGAUAUGGAGACAACUGGUGUGGCCACAAGUGUUUGCUUCUCGAGUGGAAUCACAAUAUAUCCCUGCAAGGACAGGGUAUAGUUAUAUGCAAAUAUUCUACAGGAAUUUCAAAAAGAUGUGCUGGACUUGGAAAAGAUAUACAUUUAAUUUCCACAGCAAUAAAAUUGUGCCACUUGAUAAAUUUGAUUUGUUAAUAUUUUUAUUUUAAGUGUUAGCCCUUAAGUAACAUGAUCUGUGAUUUGCCAAAGAAUUUUUAAUAAGGGCUAUAAAUUGUCAAAUAUUUUCUAUAUAAACAUGAUAAAUACAAAUGAAGUGAAAAUAUUUUUCUACAGAAUGAGAUGUAGUAGCAUUUGAGUAGAAAACGAAUGAAGUUUUUAGGGAAGUAAUUGUACAUAGAAUUCUGAUAAGAUGUAAAUAAGGAAUUUAGUUCAGAUUUUGGUGCACAAAUUUAUUGAAAUGAAAUAAGGUAACAAAUUUGUACAUGUUGUGUGUCUGUGUGUGUAUUUAUCAAACUAAUCAUGUAGAUUUGUUUUAUAUAUGGUGCCAUUUUUACUCACUUUCAUCUAAAUGUAUAGCAAGAAAACAUUAUAUUGAUAAAUAUAUAUAUAUUUUUGUUAGCCUCAGUACAAUUAUAAAAGGAGAAAUACUAAUCAGUUAUAAAGGAUAUAUUGCAUUAGAGCAAUAUGCUAAUACAAAACUGUUAGUACUAUGAUUAUUAUUGUAAUUAAAUGUCUCCCUGUAAAUAAUUGUUCAGUAUAUAUAGUAGAAAGUUGAUUUGACUUUGGAGACGGACAAAAUGGUAUUUUUUGUAAAAAGUAGAUGUAUUUUAAUUGUGUGUAGUGGCCAUGUGUUAACUGUAAUCUUUAACAACUUCCAGUCGAGUUGUCAUGUUGUUUAUGCACCGAUUUAUUGUGAUACUCAAGAUUUGCAUAGUUACUACAUCAAAACAUCACAGAUCUGUCAACAGAGUGGUUGUUUCUUGGACUUUGUCUAGUGGAAGAACUCUUUAACUGAAUAAGAGUUAAAAAUGAGACUAAAUAAACAUCAACAUGUACAUUUUCUUCCUUAGUGGAAAAAAAAUUGAUUAGAAAUAAGUAACUUGGAAACAGAGUACUUUUGCUUGUUGUCUGGAGAGAAAAAUGAGUUCAAGCGUAAUGUCACCUGUAAGAAAAGAAAUUAAGAUGUAUUCUUUCUUAAAGAAAGCAUUUAAAUGUCCAUUUAAAAGUUACAGCCAGUCUGUCUGACGUGUUUUUUUUCAUAAGUUUUGAUACAUAUAUCACCUCACAUGUUGCCAGUAUUUAUAGUGUCUUUCAAUCCAUUUCCAUGUGAACUAAGUGUUUUUUUGGACCAAAUAUGCAAGAUGUUCUGACAACAUGCUUAAAUUCAAUGCUAAAGGAAACUAAAAUAGCAGACUUGAUUAAUUUCAGCAAUCUUAAAGUUGGUAUUUUUAAAGUUGUUAGGCAUUAUUCAAUAAGGGUUGCAUUUGAAUAAAAAUUCAUGAUGCAUAUUUAGGGUCUUUUAAAGAUCAAUAGAUUGAACUUUGUCAUUUUGUGAAGUUUUCAAAUUAUGAUUUAGUGAAUAGUAAGGUAAUUAAAUUUCAAAUGGCUUUAAGGAUGGAUUGCUUGUUACCAAACAUCUUGUAUAGAUAUGGUCUGUACACCAAUCAUUUGUAAUCAUCAUUUACCAUGUGUAUUCUAUUGCCUUGUAUAUUCAGCAUUACGUGUAGAUUUUUUUAUCAACUGGUGCACUUGUUAUUUAUAUCGUAUUGUUAUAGACGUUUAGAACUUUCUGUUUGGUAUCGUGGUGUGAUAUUAGUGGUGCUAGAAGUCAUCAGACCGUGUAGAAUUACAUAUCAAAUUCAUCUUAUUUGUAUCCAGAGCCGUUUGGUUUCAAGAAUUCGGGAUGAUGAAAUUGAAAUAGGAGUUAAAUCAAAGGGACUUUAAUUCUUAAAUUUUUCAAAUCAAGUGUUUAAUAGGAAAAUAGCAAAAAAUGCAUGAAGUUAUUUUAGUGUUGUGGGUUGUGACUUUGGAUGAUUGGAAAAUUAGAUUAAAAAAGGACUGUUAUCUUCCAAAACUAUAGAAUUAAUCAAAGCUAUCUGUUCCUUUGGACAGAAAUAACAAUGAUCUAACAGAAAGUUUUAAAUCAAGUUUAGUUUUUUUAUUCUAUUUAAUCUUAGCACAUAUUUAAUAGUUUAAUGGUAUUUAUUCAAGUUAGUUUCGAAUGUUUGAAGAAUUUUUUUAAUUCUGUUGAUGUGGUGAAUGGUUGAAGUUUUUUGUGUUUUUUAAUUCUUGUGCAUGUAGUUUGUAAUUUUCAACAUUACCCAUUUUGGUACAUUUGGAUUUUUUUUGCAAUAGUAGUUUUUGGGGGUAUCAUGCCAUAGAGUUUUAUAUUUAGUACAUAUAGCAUGCUUUGAAAAUAAAGUAUAAUUACUCAGGGUAGUUGUCAAACAUAGAUUUGUGGUGGGAUCGUAGACACAUGGAUUAUUAUUAUUUUUUUUUUUAAUCAUUUGUUGGAAAAAUUGAUCAAAAUAGAGAGAAUGACAGAAAUAUGAAAUGUUGAAGCUAGGUUAUAAAAUUUGUAGAAAAUAUCAAAAGUAGAUGUAAUGUUGGAAAAUAUGUAAUAGUCAUAUAAUAUUUCUCAGAGUAAUGUCAAAGCAGUUAAAUAUUGGUAUUUUCAUGAAGAUAUGGAGUAUAUGCAAUGAAUUAGAAUGUUGUGAAUAAAUACUUGCUCAUGUGAUAAUCAAAAACUGAGAAAAAGUCAUAUUAUAUUCAGUUUAGGUCAGUACAAUUUAUUUUGUUUGGUUUGGUUUUUGUUCAUUUUUGUUAGGCUUCUAUAAAUUGAUAUUCGGAAAAUUUAUUUUUCAUCGUUAGUGGGUGCUUUUCUUGCUUCUUCCUAAAGAGUUAGCUUCAUAUAUUUUAAACAGAGACUUAAAGUAUUGUUGUCAUCAUUUUUAGACUCUCCUUUCAUAGUUAGAUGAUUCUAAGUCUCGUAUUUUCUGUCUCGUGAUGUCAAAGAAAUAAUCAACAUAAGCAUAGCCAGACACACUGUAGUGGAUAAACAAACAAAAACUUAAUUAUCUAAAUUAUUUUAAUAACUAAUUUGAUAUAAAGGUAGCUUGAGAUUACACAGACAAGUAUUAAACUUAUAUAUAUAUAAAUAUAUCUGUAAAUUUAGUUUGACAUAGUCAUUUAAUCUAUUUUACUUUAUUUUUGCCCCUUAAGUAGAUAUUUUUCUGAAAUAUGAUAUAAUGUGUAUCGAUUAGAUUGAUAUUUUUACAGUGAUUUUAUGUUUGGUUUAUUUUGUUAACCAAGUACUUCCAUUGUCGAAGGAAAUCUAUUGUUCGCCAAUAAAAGAUAAAUUGUUAUUACCUCCCUUUGAUGUUUAUAUUAAAGUAAAGGAAUACACAGUUGACUACUUAAAUCUUGCAAAAAAUAGAAGAAAAUGUUACCCUCUAAGCCAGGAAAUAUUAACUUGCCAUUAUCUUCUUGCAUUUAUGACUGUUCCGUAUUUAGAUGAUUAUCUCUUUUUUUUUUGCAAGACCAAGCAUUUACCAGAUUUUAAGAAAAACUGAAGAAAGAAAUCUUAUUCAAGCUUGUUAGCAUUAAAUUUAUGCAAAUUUGAUUAAGUGAAUUAAGUAUGAAAAUGGAAAAUGGCCUUUAGAGAUCUGUCAAGGAAUACGUUGGAUUUCUUUCUAGUUAAAACAUUGACCCAAAUAUUCUUCAUGAAUGAAGCCAAAUGAAAUUUUUUUUUUUUUCUUGGAUAGCUUAUUAGUAAUUUCAAAACUUGACAUAGAAUCACUGUAAAUGUUAGUUAUGAUGUAUUAUACCGUGUUGAUGGCAUUUUUAACAUUUUUACUGGAAUGAAGUUUUGUGUUCAAUUAACCUAUUAGUCUUUUUAUUUUAACAUUAUUUUAUUAUUAUUAUCAUUAUUAUUAUUAUUAUUAUUAUUAUUCAUAAGAUGUAGAUGUCAGUAGGAGCUUGUAGAUUUCACUUGUGUGUGAGCAUGUGUGAUAAUAUUUUUGUAUCAUAGUGUGUGUUUUUAGCUUUGUUAUUCAGAGUAUGAUCUCAUAAUUAAUCAUUAAGUUAGGCUUUUAUCAUUAGAAAUAUUUUUAUAGAGUCAUUUGUUUAAGAAUUGUUUUAUGAAAGUUGGUACUGUAAUAUCAUGAUGGUGAUAUGUUUUAAUGCUGAGUAAUAGAUAAUUGAGAAUGCAGAUUGGUGUAUUAUUUUGAUACCAAAUUUAAAUUUUAAGUACUCUGAGAUUUUAGCUUUCUGAAUGGAUCAGACAAACAAAUACUUAUCUUUUUGAAUGAUUUUCUAAACAAUCAAUACAUUGCGUAUAAAAAGAGAAAAAAGUGUUUUAAUAUUUGAGGGAUAAUAAAGUAACUUAUUUUAACGAUUUGGUGUUGUCACUGAAAUGGAUUGUCUUGUAAUACCUUCAAUAUAGCAACUGCAUUGCAAAGAGAUGAAUUUAUUUAAAAGAAAAUCUAACUUACCAAACUUAUUGAAUUUAAAGAGCAUGUAAAUGUGUACCAUUUUUAGAAUCAAUUUUUGAACCAAUGACAAUAUGUAUCUAUAGUAAUCAUCAGUCAUUAUUUUACCACAUAGUUUUGAUGAGGCACACUCUGGUUGUCUUUCAAGAUGGCUUUGAUACAUUCCAUGUCUAGUGCUUUUUUGUAUUGACCUUUUGGUGCCCCGGAUUGAAAAAUGUAUUGAAUGGCUACAGCUGGUCAACAUAUAGUUCACAAUGGCUAAAUUUAAUAUGAAUAAUAAAAUUUACUGACUUCUUUUGUACAUGGAUAAUAAUUGGGGUACAUUAAAUUUUCUGCUCAUUAAACAGUUCCUUUUAGAAAAAAAUUAAAAUUUAAUUUUUUGCUGUUUCUGACAGUUUGAAUUUUAGAAAAAAAAUCUUGCAGACACUUGGACUUGAUGGAAACUGAAUAUGAAUUAGAUUCUGCAAUAUUGAUGACUUUUCUCAGAUGUUUUUUUUUUUUUUAAGUAAGUUAAGUGUUCUAAUUUCUUUCCAAUAUAGUUUUAUUGGUUUUGAAUUAUAUGUUGACUAGCUGUAUUGUGUGCUAUAAUUUAAAACUGUUAAUUUCUAGUUUAGUUCAGAUUAUCGGGGUUCAGAUACUUUACAGUAUUCAUUUCCCAGAGUUCAUAAUAAGGGUUGUUUACAAGGGAUUGUUCAUUCUGAUCUACAAAUAAGAUAGAAGUUGUAGGAUACUAGUGUGGACCCCUGCCACCAAAGGCAGCUAAGAUAUAUUGUUGGAUCUUUAUAUUGUUGACUUGUAUUUGUAUAAAAAUGUUCUUUCAAAAGAAAAAAGUUAUCUUGUGGCAAUCAACUUGUUUGCCAAAAAAAAAAUUAAAAUUUCAUGGUAAAAGUUAUGUUUAAGUGUUUGUUAAAAGUUUGAUAGUAAGCAUUAAUUGAGUAAAUUUACUUCAGUUUUAAAAAUUGUUUUUGUUAAUCGGAAAUUUUGGAAAGUACAAAUCUUGAAAUUAGUUAACUAAAAAGUAUUUCCAAAGUUUUGUUUGAAUUUUUUUUUUAAAUACAAAUGAAUUUAUCAUUUCACAAGUUCACUGCCAUACCCUUUUCACAGAGGCAUUAUCAUUCUUAAUAUUGAUGCAUUUUGUAUUUAUCAUUGAUGAAACCCAGAGUGUAGCCAAUAUGGGAGCACAUUUUUAAUCAUUAUUUUAAUCUUAUUUUAAUAUUUUUAAUGGUUUUAUCUGUAAUAAUCGUCUAGUCAGUUUGUUUGAACGGUUUCACGCUACUUACUCCCCCUUUUAUCAUGUGAUUGCCAUAUCUCAUUGUACUCCCCUUACCACGUUACAGCGGGUAUGUAGUUGAUUGUCUCUUUGCCCACACUUGUGAUCAGCAUUAUAUAGAUUUUAUGCUUUAUGUUUUGAUCCCACACACAGGAGAAAAAUUGGUCAGCCUAAGAAAAACUCAAUAUUUUUUAUUUUUCAAUGAAUUGAAUUAAUUGGAUAUUAGUGAUGUUUCUAUAGCAUUUUAUUUGUUAGAAAUGUUGAAUUUUACAAUUUAGGUUAAAGUUAAUUUGAAAUUUAUUUUAGAAUUCUACUUAUAGAAUAAAGGAAACGAUUUAAGUUUUAAAAAAAAUUGGAUUAAAAGAAAAAAAAAGGGAACAAAUAUUUGGUUUAGUAAUGGGAGAAAUUAAAUAAGGGAUAAUAAGAUCAUUUUGAACCAUAUUUUCCUCUUGUAACUCAAAUAAAUUGUAUUGCCAACCUUUUCUCUGAUUGUUGAUAUAUACAGUUAUAUAUUUGUAAUUAAGUACCUAAUUAUCGUGUACUCCGUCAUUAAUCAUUUUGUAUUAAUCGUGUGCAAUAUUUUCGACAAAGCGUAGUAAUCACGUCGGUAUGGGUUGCUAAUACCAGCUUGUUUCCUUUGAUAUAUCAGACAGUAGUAGUUACUCACAUUUUGGGAUCAAUAGGAAAUAAAAUUUGUUUUCACUUGA